AUGGACAGGUCUCCCGGCUCCCCUGGACCCGUGGAUUCCAACAAGACGGGCGCAACCCUGACCACUGACGUGGCCGGGGAAAGCCCGCAAGUCCACGUGGGAGCCCAGCCCGAGCCAGGGGAGCCAUGUCAGGAGCAGGUGGCGGAGCAGCAAGCGUCCUUGAGCCAGGAGUUGCCGGCCCACAGCUCCCAGGACGCUGUGCCGGCUGUGCCAGCUGGCCACAGCCCGUGCGUGGAGGUGGAGACGAUCCCUAAGAGACCAAGGAGGUUCCUCCAUCUCCAGGAAGCUGCUCCCAGACGGCCACCAACUACCAGGACAGCGUUUCAAGUGGCAGCCUCGGGCUGUAGCCCCGGCCGAGCACACCAGCAGAGUGCAGCCCACGAGGCCGGGGACAGCGACGGUGCCGCCCUGCCCCGCUGCAGCGCGGCUCCUGCAGCCGCCUCUGCGCGCUGCCCUGCCCCAGCUGUGCCGCUCGCCAGCCCCAGCGCUGCGAGGCGGCGGCCGCUGCCCGGCGCACAGCAGGAAGCAGGUGAGAGCAAGGUGGCCCGCGGUGGCUCGGCCCGCUCCACUCGGGGCACUCGGGGGCUUGGUGGGCGCAAGGCUGAUGGCUGGGUCUUGGCCGCAGGGCAAAAGAAGGAGCAGCAGGAGCUGUACCUGCUGGGCCCGCAGCUGGGGAGCGGUGGCUUCGGCACCGUUUUCUCGGGGACCCGCCUGUCUGACGGGAGCCCGGUGGCCGUGAAGCGCGUGCCCCGGGAGAGCGUCCUGCAGUGGCACAAGCUGCCCGACGGCACCCGUGUUCCCCUGGAGAUCGUGCUGAUGGAGAAGGUGGGCUCUGGUUGCCAGAACAUCAUCCAGCUCCUGGACUGGUUUGAGCUGCCCGACAGCUUCAUGCUGGUGCUGGAGCGUCCGGAGCAGUCGCAGGAUCUCCUGCACUACCUGCUGGAGCAGGAGUUCCUGUCCGAGGAGGCUGCGCGCUGGCUUUUCUGCCAGGUGCUGGACGCCGUGCAGCACUGCACCGCCUGCGGCGUCCUGCACCGGGACAUCAAGCCACAAAACCUCCUCGUGAACCCGGAGACUGGCGACCUGAAGCUCAUCGACUUCGGCUGCGGCACCUUCCUCCAGGAGCGGGCCUACACAACAUUUGCGGGAACACACUUGUACUGCCCACCCGAGUGGAUCUGCCUUGGCUGCUACGACGGCCAUGCGGCGACCAUCUGGUCCCUGGGUGUGCUGCUGUAUGUCAUGGUCUGCGGGGAGAUGCCCUUCCAGUCGGACCGUGACAUCGUGUCGGGGCAGCUCGUCUUCAGGCAGCAGGUCUCUCCAGAGUGCCAACAUCUGAUCCGCUGGUGUUUGUCCCUGCACCCCGAGGACCGGCCAGUGCUGGAGCAGAUCUUGUGCCACCCUUGGUGGAGUCGAGAUCAGGAGAAGAAUACCGACGUGCUUCUUCCCACUGUCGAGAGAAAUUUGGCGCAGUGCAAGCUCAACUUGAGAUGA